AUGGGUCUCCCACAGAGAGGGUACACGCUAGAACGCUUUGCCGCUUCAACAACGUCAACUUUUCAAAAAAUGGAAAACGGGAUAAAUCAAAUAUUAGAUCGAGUUUUCGAAUAUUCAACCGAAUAUGAUAUGGAUACUUUUCUCACAAUAUGCGACUUGGGUAAAAGCUUGGCCCAACCUCUUGCCGCUUUUCCUGAUCAAAUGUUAGUACGUCUUCACAGGAACAAAGCUCACUUAAAUCGGGUAUACAAAAAACUGGAAAUUUUCGAAACACAAGUUGACGAUUAUGAAGGUUAUAUUGAUGAUUAUGAAAUUUUUGUUGAGGAAUUAAGAGUAUGGAACGAAAAACUAUCAAGGGAAUUUGACGCAGGAAUGAAGGUUGUAAUUGACCGAUUGGACGAAAUUGGCGAAAGAGAUCUUAAUAAAAUUUUUUCGUUGAUCGAAUCAGCUGAAAGUCGAAAACAGGAGGAAGAAAAUGAUUUGUAUUACACUGGAGAUUAUGAGAUAGAUGGUGACGUGAGAGAUUUAAAACCUACCUUUUAUGCCAAUAGAUCAAUAGAAUACUACUUCUUAGCUUUCUGCACUUAUUUAUGGGCAGAAAGCGUGUAUAAAAUAACUGUCUAA